AUGGAGUUUGUAUUGAGUAUUUUUGAAGCCAAUUCAACGGCGUAUGGAAUCAGCAAUGGCUACAAUUACUAGGAAGAGAAGAGAUAAUUCUUUAGAGCUCUCUACGAAAAGAUUAAGAAUUGAUGCCUCUAGUUCUCUACCAGGUUAGUGCAAUUAGUUCUUGGUCUAGACCUCGUUUUGGGAUUCGAUAGAUUGACGGUUCCAUAGUGGCAGAUGUUCCUGAUGAUGAUAAUGACAAUGAUUACCACCAAGAAGAAGAUGGAGUCUCGGAAGAUGAUACUAUGGAAGCUGCAGAAACACCAAAUACUCCGUUUUCUCCUGUGCCUGGAAAAAAGUUUCCAUCCGAGUAUAAAACGAUCAAAUGUACUUAUGAAGGAUGUACAAAAACAUUUAAUCGGCCUGCAAGAUUAGCAGCACAUCUUCGGUCGCAUGCGAAUGAACGACCAUUUAUAUGCUCAUAUGAAGGGUGUGAUAAAGCAUACAUUGAGGAGAAACAUUUGAAGCAACAUAUUAAGGGAUCUCAUACUCACGAGCGAGAAUAUACAUGUGAUUGGGAAGGAUGUACAAAGAGUUUCUUAACAGCUACGAGGUUGAGACGGCAUAAAGAUGCUCAUGAAGGUCAUGAGAGAUUUAGAUGCACAUCUUAUCCUCCGUGCAAUCAAACAUUUCGAAAACAUCAAACGCUUCAACGACAUAUUCGCUCCGACCAUCUUGACCUGGCUCCAUUUCCAUGUACAUAUAUUGAUCCGAUCACAAAUGCACUUUGUAAAGCAGGAUUUGAUGCUUCAGGUGGACUCAAAAAGCAUAUGGAAAGAACUCAUGGAGCAGCAACAUUUCUAUGUGAAGAAUGUACAGUACCAGGGAAAUUUCACGAAGAUGGUACGCCUGUACCUUUAGCUUUCACAACCAAUGCCAGGUUACAAGCACAUAUCAAGAAGGAACAUGCAAAAUGUAUGUUCUGUGAUCGAAAAUUUUCUAGUCAACAACUACUUCAAAAGCAUAUUGAUACUCAACACUCGGGGUCCACACUCGAAGAACGCAAAAAUAUCCCUUGUGAUUAUCCGGGUUGCCCGAAAACUUUUACGAAAAGAGCAAAUCUACAGGUUCAUAUGCGUACCGUUCAUGAUGGUCAACGUUUUAUUUGCGGAACAUACGAUGUUUCCCAAAUCCUCGACCUCGCAUCCUGGGAUGGAAGUGAUUCAUGCGGUAAAGAUUUCGUUUCAAAAGUUAAUCUCGAAGACCAUGUUCGAACUCUUCAUCUUGGUUUACCCAGUCUCUUAAAUGCCAGAGGUAGACGGAAGACUGUUUCACAACCAAAACGUUCUACGAGAAAGGUUCCAGACCAAACUGAAAUUGAAGAGUUGGCGGGUUAUGAUGUUAGGAGAACAAUUGAUUGUGUUGUUCAAGGGUGUCCUCAUAAGUUUAUGAGGGAUUAUGAUUUUCAUGAGCAUAUAAGAAUUAACCAUCAGAAUGUUGGUUUGAUGGAUGGACAGGUUGAUAUGAAUGUGAAUAUGGAUAUGGAUAUGAGCAUUCUGGGCGAACUUUCGUACACCAAUACAGGAGGAGAAUUACCAAGUCUAGAUUUUAUGAAUGAUGGCACGAAUAUGGGAAUGGAUAUUCUGGAUAUGAGCAUGGAUAUGAUUGAUCCCGCCUUACAGAUAACCAACUUCAACCUCGAUACACCAGUAUCAGGAUCAGCUUCAGCCUCAGUCCCACCAUCAAUCAAUGGAUGGAAUCACACAGAAGCAGGACCAGAAGUGGCAGCAGAUAUGGAUCUUGAUUGGGAGCUUCAACGACAGGCUUUGGAAGGAGGACAAUUCUGGAUUGGUGGUGAGGAACAACAAAUUCCUGAGGGGAUAGCAGAGUGGUCGAGAGAAGAGGCGGAGAUGAGAAGAUUAAUUGAUGGGACUUGAUGUGACUGUUUCGGAGGAUGUUUUGGGACCUCAAUUCGACUUGGAGGUCUGUCUCACUUUGUGAAGAUGAAGGUCAAAAAAGUUUCACACUGCGAUCACUAUUGUAUCUUGAAUGGAUUGAGCUACCUAUGGUUACCAGCUCGACAAUCCAAACAUAUCAAGAGCCAGAACUCCAUAACACCAUGUACAACGAAGGAAAAACUAAGGAAUUUACAAACGAGAUAAAAAGAAAAAGGGAAAAAUUCAAAAAGAGCUGAGAUAGCAAGCGCUGCAUAUAUCUCUCUUGUAAUUAUAGCUGGACUAUCCAUUAUACUCAUUGCACUGUAUCAUAUCAUAUACAUAUCCUAUCAAGCUUAUAUAAAAAACCCCUAAUGAAACAGAGCAG